CAAAGAGGGUAAAUGACGUCGAGAGAAAUAGAAGUCACAAUUGGUCCGAAUGGACUUAAGGGAACUCUUACGGUACCACCUGCUGUUGAUGUUGAAAAUGCUCUUGGACUUGGAUAUGCUCCUGCAACGACCAAGGCUGCAUUGAUUUUGCACGGUCAAUCUGGUCAUAGAAACUAUUGCUACCAGAAAGCAUUAGCUCAUUCACUAGCGCAAGAGUUAGGUAUGUACACACUUCGAAUCGAUUUCCGUGGGUGUGGAGAAUCACCUGAUGGUCCGGACCCAAAAAUGUUGGGAAGGAUCAUACAACAUGAUGUAGAAGAUAUUCAACAUUGUGCUGAGUUCUUGAUUGAUGCAGAAAAAAAUCCUGUGGAUAUAGCAUUCACAUUGUCUGCAAUUAUUGGCCACUCUCGUGGAUCUUUGGCAAUGUUUUUAUGGGCAGUUGAACAGAACCGAUUGUUGAGAUCAACUGAAAGUUCCAGUUCUGCCAUUAUAGUCCCUAGUUUAGUAAACUGCCUGGCGCGGUUCAGACUGAAGACUGUUCUUGACCGUUACCCAGCAAUUGAUGAUGAGUUUAUAGGGGUAGAACAGACUUGUCUUAGAUACGGGAAGUUUGAAAGAACUUGGGUUCCAAAGGCCGAGCUUUUAUCCUUGGCGACACCUGAUGUGAGUGCUAUUUCUGAGCUUUCUCGCGAAAUGUCGGUCUUGAGUAUUUAUGGUCUUAAUGACCAUAUUGUACCCGUUGAAGAUUCAGCACACUAUGCCAACCAUUUGAAUCGAGGGAUCAAAUCUCAUGAAUUGGUUUUAAUCCCUCAUGCAGACCAUAACUUCUAUGGUACUGACGAGGUUAUUACUGAACUCGAUCAUGAAGAAUUCAAUUCAGAAGGUUUACCAUUGACCAAAAAGAAUUUAGUGAACUUCAACCCUAAAGUGGUAAAACUAAUUGUUGAUUAUCUCAGCCCAGAUAAAGAGUUUGAACGAUUUUUAAGUUCCAGUUCAUCAAUUGGUCACGUCCCUCGUUGGAAACAUGUAGAAGGGAUUUCCAACUUUAGGGAUGUUGGGGGAUGGAAUGUUAUACUGGUUCCAAGGGGGUUGAUUCUCCCAGAAAACAUCAAAUCUCCAGUUGAAGGACUUGGUCAACUUUAUGUAAAGCCUCAAAUAGCAUUUAGAUGUGCGAAUAUGGCUAAUGUAACUGAUCUUGGACUUCAAGAACUUCAAGAUUUACAAGUAAAGGUAAUAUUUGAUCUUCGAUCUGAUGGUGAAUGUAAUAAAGAUGGAAUUCCACAAAACUUAUCUCAAUAUGGAAUUCGUAGAGUACAUGCUCCAGUAUUCACUCAAACAGACUAUUCACCUCAGGCUAUUGCUAUGCGCUAUACUAAUCUUAUGACCAGCUGGUAUACUUAUGUUCAAGUAUAUGACAAGCUAUUAGGAGAUGCUACCAGUACAUUCAGACUGAUUUUUGAAUACAUUAGAGAUGAAGUACCAAAGGGCGGAAGCUUUGUAUUUCAUUGCACGGCAGGAAAGGAUAGAACAGGUAUAUUAGCAAUGCUUAUGCUUCUUCUUUGUGGAGUUGAUAAACAUACAGUAGCACGUGAAUAUGAGCUAACCACAUAUGGAUUAAAACCUGAUCAUGAAUCAAUUAAACAUAAAUUUGUUUCAACGAUAGAGAAGGUUAAGUCGAAGUUGGCAGCAGUUGGUCAAUCUUCAAACUACGAAGAAUCUAUUCGUCAAGGCCGGAAGAACUGGACCAUUGAAGAAGAUGGAUUUAACAAUUUAAUCAGUCUGAGAUACGAAGCUAUGCUAUCAACGAUUGAGUUAUUCAACAGCAAAUAUGGAGGAAUAGUGAAUUACAUGAAGAACUAUUUAGGAUUUAGUGAUGAAGAUUUGACAAAGAUUUAUUCAGUUUUAGUCCAUGCUGACGUAGCAGAUGGAUUUGCUGAUCGUGCAUUUGUCAAAUGGGACCAUAGACCAGGUCAAUCCAAGAUUUAGAAAUAUACAUAUCAUUUAUAUUUA